AUGGGGGUCAGGAAGGCCAAGGGCAGCGACGACUGCGGGCUCUGGACAAGGCCGCAGGACCCAGAGCCCACUGAGGAAGAGGGGUCCCUCCCAUCCCGUCGGAGCCUGGAGCCAGGAGGGAAAAGAAGAGAGGGGAGAAGUGGAGGAAAAGGAGAGACACGCCCCAGAGGAGUUGGGACGCAGGAGAGAAGGGGGCCCAUACCCGGUAGCCCGAGGGAAAAACGAGGCGAGGGGGGCGAGGGCGACCCCGCGCCGCUACCCGCGAAAGAUUUAUGGCGCCUUCCAGGUUCCAAGGACAGGCUGCGUUUGUCGCUAGUGCCACUGCCGGGACCCCCUUCUUCUGACUCCGGGCCCGGACCCCCCUCUCAUUCAGGGAAAAUCGCGCAGGGACCCAGGACCCUCAGCUGGGCAAAGUGCAGGACCAGCAGCAACUUUUGUACCUGGAGCCUUGCAAUGGCUAUGAAGAUGGCCGAGAUUCCUUCCAGCCCAUAUGAACCAGGACAGCGAGGCAUGAAGGAUGCUCAGAGAGGUGAUGCCCCUGAAAGAGGAAGCUCAGAGCCCCGGAGCCUGCAGUUGGCCCGAGUGGGAAAGGCAUAUAUGAAGGAGGAAAGCUCAGGGAGUGGGCGACUGGAAGCUAAGAAGUGGAUCCCAACAAAGUUCCUUGAGAACCUCUCUGUCCCACGCGUUGACCUCGGUGGAAGCUAAAAAUGGAGCGGCGGCAUGGAAGCUCUUACCACUCAGCUGGGGCCGGGGCGCGAGGGCAGUUCCUCGCCCAACUCCAAGCAGGAGCUGCAGCCGUACUCGGGCUCCAGCGCUCUCAAACCCAACCAGGUGGGCGAGACUUCGCUGUACGGGGUGCCCAUUGUGUCGCUGGUCAUCGACGGCCAGGAGCGCCUGUGCCUGGCGCAGAUCUCCAACACCCUCCUCAAGAACUACAGCUACAAUGAGAUCCACAACCGCCGCGUGGCCCUGGGCAUCACGUGCGUGCAGUGCACGCCGGUACAGCUGGAGAUUCUGCGUCGGGCCGGGGCCAUGCCCAUCUCGUCGCGCCGCUGCGGCAUGAUCACCAAGCGAGAGGCCGAACGCCUGUGCAAGUCGUUCCUGGGCGAGCACAAACCACCCAAGCUGCCCGAGAACUUCGCCUUCGAUGUGGUGCACGAGUGUGCGUGGGGCUCGCGUGGUAGUUUCAUCCCUGCGCGUUACAACAGCUCUCGUGCCAAGUGCAUCAAGUGCGGCUACUGCAGCAUGUACUUCUCGCCCAACAAGUUCAUCUUCCACUCGCACCGCACACCCGACGCCAAGUACACACAGCCCGAUGCCGCCAACUUCAACUCCUGGCGUCGUCACCUCAAACUCAGUGAUAAGUCGGCCACAGACGAACUGAGCCAUGCUUGGGAGGACGUCAAGGCCAUGUUUAAUGGCGGCACGCGCAAGCGGACCUUCUCCCUACAAGGAGGCGGCGGAGGCGGUGCUAAUGGCGGGUCGGGUGGGCAGGGGAAGGGUGGUGCUGGCGGCGGUGGAGGCGGCGGCCCAGGGUGCAGUGCGGAGAUGGCCCCAGGCCCGCCGCCCCACAAAAGCCUGCGAUGUGGUGAAGAUGAGGCAGCUGGGCCUCCGGGGCCACCUCCACCCCACCCGCAGCGCGGACUUGGCCUGGCGACGGGAGCUAGUGGCCCGGCGGGCCCAGGAGGGCCUGGUGGCGGCGCAGGCGUACGAAGCUACCCGGUGAUCCCGGUGCCCAGCAAAGGCUUUGGGCUCCUGCAAAAGCUGCCCCCACCACUUUUCCCCCAUCCUUACGGCUUCCCUACGGCCUUCGGCCUAUGCCCUAAAAAGGACGACCCGGUAUUAGGCGCGGGCGAGCCAAAGGGCGGCUCCUAUGUGUCGGCCUUCCGGCCGGUGGUCAAAGACACUGAGAGCAUCGCUAAGCUCUACGGGAGCGCCCGGGAGGCGUACGGCGCGGGGCCUGCUCGCGGGCCGGGACCUGGCGCUGGGAGCGGCGGCUACGUGAGCCCGGACUUUCUGAGCGAGGGCAGCUCCAGCUACCAUUCCGCUUCGCCCGACGUGGACACCGCGGACGAACCCGAGGUGGACGUGGAAUCCAACCGCUUCCCCGACGACGAGGGCGCACAGGACGAGACCGAGCCCUGCGCACCCAGCGCAGGGGGUGGCCCAGACGGUGAACAGCCCACUGGACCCCCUUCCGCCACCUCCUCUGGAGCGGACGGUCCCGCAGACUCUCCCGACGGCGGCAGCCCCCGCCACCGGCGCCGCCUCGGGCCACCCCCAGCUGGCCGGCCCUCAUUUGGGGACUUGGCGGCCGACGACGUGGUGCGGAGACCUGAGAGGAGCCCGCCAAGCGGCGGCGGCUACGAGCUGCGAGAGCCUUGCGGGACCCUAGGAGGCCCCGCGCCGGCCAAGGUGUACGCGCCCGAGAGAGAUGAGCACAUGAAGAGCGCGGCGGUGGCGCUGGGGCCCGCGGCCUCCUACCUCUGCACCCCCGAGGCCCACGAGCCAGAUAAAGAAGACAAUCACUCGCCCGCCGAUGAUUUGGAAACGAGGAAAUCCUAUCCAGACCAAAGGAGUAUCUCCCAGCCAAGUCCUGCAAAUACAGACAGAGGCGAAGAUGGGCUUACCUUGGAUGUCACAGGAACUCAGCUGGUGGAGAAAGAUAUCGAGAACCUGGCCAGAGACGAAUUGCAAAAACUGCUCCUGGAACAAAUGGAGCUCCGCAAGAAGCUGGAACGGGAAUUUCAGAGUCUCAAAGAUAAUUUUCAGGAUCAAAUGAAGAGGGAAUUGGCUUAUCGAGAAGAAAUGGUGCAACAGCUGCAAAUUGUCAGAGAUACCCUGUGUAACGAACUCGACCAGGAGCGGAAGGCGCGCUACGCCAUCCAGCAGAAAUUGAAAGAAGCCCACGACGCCCUGCACCACUUCUCCUGCAAGAUGCUGACGCCCCGCCACUGCACUGGCAACUGCUCCUUCAAGCCCCCGCUGUUGCCCUAGGGCCGGCCUGGCCGCACCCCUGCGCCCUCAAGCCAUGCUGCUCCUUGUAAAUACCCGCUGCCGCGGCGGCCCUGAGCGAGGAACAAGCCAUUUGGACCCGACCGAUGUAAAUACAGCCGCCCGUCCGCCCGCCUUCCUCCCGGGCUCCCCGACCUUGCCCGCCCCCUCCCGGGCGUCCCAGUCCAGGGCGCCGGCUUGGUUUCCAAGUGUAAAUACCGCCUCGCACCUCAAAUCCCCCUACCCCGUUUGAACUCUAGGGCAUCGGACCUCAAGGGGUUAAAACUGGACAGACGGGGGCGGGAGGGGAGAGAGCCCCCUCCCUUUCUAUAGCCUUGAACCGGAUUGUGAAUACAAUGUAGCAACUUCGCUGGCGCCUGCCCCGCACUCCCCGUCCCGUCCACUUCUGAAACUCCUGUUCCUAAUGACAAAGUGGCUAUGUGCAAUGGAUAUAAAUGUACUGUGAGUCUCUCGGUUCAGUAUUAGGUUCACUUUAAUUUAUUUAUGCUGUAAGUUAUUUUUGCUUCCUUCUCCUGGACCCACUUCCAGUCCCAUUUUGCAUUCCCCUUUGGAUUUUGCUUUGUCUAUUUUUUUGUUGUAACCUCUUGAUGUAACAGCACUUUAAAAGGGCGACAA